GUUUUUCCACCAAAGCAAAUCCCUGAAAAUGCAUGAUUUAUACUCCUACAACCUUGGUAAUUUUAUGUAUGAACUUGAGGUAAACGAUCUACCAAUAAGAUUAACGGAAAUAAUUAUUAAAAACCAGGAAAUUCAUAACUACCCAACUAGGCAGUCGAAUCAUUUUCACCCCCUCGCACAAGAACAGUUACUUUCCAAAAAACAUUCAUUUAUACUGGACCCAUACUCUGGAACUCACUCAACCCGGCUCUCAAAUCAACCCCCACACUUAACAUGUUUAAACGUAAACUCAAGCAUUUCUUGUUGAAUACCUACGACAACAAUGAUACCUAAACACGUUACACCUAACAUCUGCUUUUCAUUCCAUUCACUCUCUACUAGCGGUCAAAGACGACUUUAUUCCUGAGCUAAUUCUUCCCUGAUAUCUCUGCCCCUCCCUUUUAUAGCUCUCUCCCUUUUUAUUUUCUUUCCCCUUGUUCACAACGUUCUCACUUGUCCCAUGUUUAUUUCUUUUCGUAUUGCUUUUUUUUCUUCUCGUUAUUCAUCUUUCCUUACGUACCUGUUCUCUUUUCUAAAUUGUUUUCCUUGCAAUUAUUAUUUUUCUCCACACAAGCAGUGCUAAAAUAAGCACUGAUCAUUUUAUUUAAUGUAUAUAUAUAUAUAUAUAUUCGUUUAUGCAGAGGAAAGCACAGAACUCUUCCUUUUUUCAAUUGUUUACGAUAUGUUUAGUAAAAUGUGUCACUUAAAGAUAACCCUCGUGUACCUUAGUUACAAUCGCGUAGUUGAAGUACCGACUGCGAUACAAACCCUCAAAUCUCUCAUGAAGUUGGACCUCUCUCACAAUACACUUUUGGUCAAUCCAAUGGACUUGAUGUUCUUGAGAAGUACGACUAAGCUGCAGACACUACAAAUGAGGUACUGUGCCAUCUCUAAAAUAUCACCAGACGCUGUUGAUAACCUCAAAGCAUCUCGGGAUCUAACGGUCGCGAAUUUCGAUGGAAAUCCGUUCAACUGUACCGAGGAUCUUUGCUUUUUCGCAAGCUGGUAUGUUAGUCUGCCGGGGCCGAGUACAAGUACACGAAGUCCUGACUUCAUUCCUUUUAUCACCCUAAGUCCUCCUCCAGGAAAGGGGCCAUAUCAAUGUGACAUCUAUGGCAAGCCCCUCCAGGACUUCUUCAGUGAGUCUUGUCUACCUAGGCCUGAUCCCAGCUCAUCCAUUUUUCCACCUGGUGAAACACCGUGGCAUGUGGUAAUAAUUGCUGUCACUGUCAUCCUCGUCGCGUUCGUCGUCACCAUCGUAUCAUUCGUCGUUUGGAAGUUCAGGUUGAUAAACUACUAUCAUCACCGCAUAGGGGUUUCUUUUCAGCGCCAUGUCAAUUACGGAGCUGUGGGAGACAACAACCAUGAAUAUGUGUUUGACGCCUACGUCAGUCAUCACGAUGAUGACAAGUCAUUCGUCGAAGAUGAGAUGCUUCCUCGUCUCGAAGACGAACACGGCUUUGAUAUGUGUGUCUCCUUUCGCAACUUCCGCUUGGGUUCCAACCUCCUGGAGAAUGUGUCUUCGGCUCAGGAUGUCAGUCGUGCCACCAUAUUCAUCAUUAAUGAACGCUUCAUGCAGAAUGGCCAGUGUAAGUUGGAGCUUGAGAUGGCUUCGACGAGGAUGCUGGAAGAUGAAACGGGUCACGAAGGACAACGUCUCAUCAUCAUCCUGAUGGAAGUCCUUGCUCCCGAAUUGGUGAACAGCACCCUGAGGGUACUUCUAAACCAUGUUGCUUAUCUCGAGUGGGAUCCUGCUGCAGAAGAAAGAUGUUGGGGUCAACUCAUUGCUACUCUGGAUACGUUGAUGCCAGAAAGGAAUGCCGACAAUGGAGAGGGUACCGACGAGGGACGAGAUGACGGCGACCAAACAGACGAUAACGAGGAUCAAACUGUUUGAUAAGGAGUUUAUUCGGGCUUGAAUUCACACAUACCUUUAUAAAUUGCGGCGUGUAAUCAACUGUUGUUUUAAUAAUAACAUUUUGCUGGAUAGCAAAUUGUAUUUAGAAUGUUAUCUUACUAUAUUUAUCAGGUUGAGGAGACAUAUUU